GCGCGACACAAACACCGGAAGUUACUUUAGAAAGAACCCAAACACACACUUACAGCAGGUAUAAAGCGUUAGACAGGGAGUAGAUCACAUUGAGAUCUAUGAGCAGAUCACAUAGAGAUCUAUAAGCAGAUCACAUAGAGAUCUAUGAGCAGAUCGGAGUUAAAAGUUAAAAUCGGAGUUAAAAGUUUAACAAGCCUUUAACAGGGCGCACAAUUCGCAUGGGGAAAAUAUAUUAGAAUAUAACCACGACAAAUAAUAAAUCACUACAGUUUUAUUCAGCGCUCAUAUAAAUAAAUAAAUAAAUCCAGUAUUAAGUGAAGGUCAUCACUGUAUGUGAGUCGGGGGGGGGAAGAAUGGUUCCACUUCCGGGUUCGGAGCUCGUGCGGACUCCGGUGCAGCUUUACCGUUACCUGCUCCGGUGCUGCAAACUGCUGCCCGGUGCAGACAUGCAGUCACACUACCGACACGCUGUCCGACAGAGUUACAACAGCCACACCGAUGAGGACGACCCGGAUCGAGUCCGUAUGAUCAUCCAGCGAGCUAUUUCUGACGCUGACUGGAUUCUAAACAAGUAUAUUAAAAAUUCAGGAUCUCCAAGUCAUGAUAAAACACGACGCUGAUCGAUGGUGAUCCUACGCUGGACUGCUAUAAAGCUCAAAGAAAGCUAAACUGUGUUUAUUACUAUUACCGUCACUAAUGUAGUCCAAAGUUCAAAAGGAAUAAAUGUAAGAUUUGUAAGAUUUUUAUUACCAAACUGUACAGAAAAAUAAAUGAAUACUCACUGACUAACUGUGUGAAAUGACAACAACAAACCAUUCAGUCGAACCAUGCUGUUAGCUUACAGACCUCUGGAUGUGUCAUGUAAAUAAUCUGUAUUCAUUUCCAUUGUAUACAUUAAAAAUCGAAUGAAUAUUAUGAGCUUUGAUUUCAUCAACAUGGAUUAACUUGAUUGUCAGUGACUCCUGUUACAAUUGAAAUAAAUAUAAAUGCAUAAA